ACUUGGGGAACGGAAUCCUAGCUUGCGGUAACAUAGUAAGUUGAAGAAGUGAGUUUCACAUUCAUUUGCUGUCGAUGCAUAGAACUGGACUUACUUCAAUUUUGACCUGCUGAGUAUUUUGAAGUUGGCAUAGUACCGUGGCCUAUCGAACAGGUGCUUUCGAUUUGGCCUGGGCUGAGCCCGUCUGGCCGGGCGGAGAGACGUUAGGCGAUGUCCCAAAUGGCCGUGCACUGAUGCUUCCUUACUGACGGGCUCGUCUGACGGGGCGGAUCGAGUGUGUAGCUAAACACCAUAUUCUAGGAUCUGGUCUUGUAAUAAGAGAACCGCUUGUAUGCUGUACAGAAUUAAUUUGUCAACCUUUUUGUCGGCAUGCUGUAUUAGACAAAAUAGGCCUACAUGCACGCAGCUUCACGUCGUGGCGAUGUGUAGGCCUAAAGCCACCAAGUGCAAACUCGUCUGUUUGUUGAUAUCCGCAUUUUGACGAUUCUCGUGGUAGGCCGUGGUAUAAAGCAUCGAGCUCCACUAAUAUUAUGGAGGCAUUGUGCACCUGUAAAUACUGAAUACUCACUUUGGUGAUUGACAUUCAGAAUUGUGCAAAGAAAGUUGCGUAUUGAUUGAACUUUUCCGCAGAGCUAUCGCAUUCCCUUGGCGCUCUCGACGGUUGUGUUUCGAUCUGGCCGCAAUGGAGAACAGGUGUAGGCAUUUAAUAAUUGAAACCGGGUGAUGAGUGAAGACAAAGCCAGUUUAUACCUCCCGUCGAUGGAACCUCUUGCAAUCCAAAGGAAGAGGCUUACCAGCAAAGAUUGAACAUACAUUGGUUUAGACAGUCAAUAAAAGGGUAUUAGCUCUCGGUGGAGCGGUGAAGGAGUGAGCGCAUCGGGCGUGCCAAUGGGACUGACGCCAGCUGUAUGCCUCUACAGUGUUCAAACACUGAGCGAAUGAGAAGACAAGAGCUGUGAUGAUCAGUUGUAUUGGAAAUUCCCAGUGUAGUCUAUGAUUGGUGCUGGCAGGUCGCUGCCACACUUGUUCACUCUCUACCCGCUACUCCGGAGGUACACACAUAGCUGCAGUCAGCAUGCUGCGUUGUCGCUUUCACGGCGUGAGCCUGGUGCGCAUCAUCGUCAUUCUUGUGGUGCUGUUGAUAUUACUACAGCUGCUGCAUAUGUCCCUGUUGUCCAGGUUAGAGGCCAAAGGAACUGUUUAUAAACAUGAAAGACUAGUGGGACAGAGGUUUCAUCAAGAAACACGAACCAGAAACGCCUGGAUUCGCAUGAGGAAAAAACUAGAGGAUACCCAUGUUUUAGACCAUAGCGGCGAAUACCAAGUCUUGGACAACUUUUUAAAGGCAGGAGAUACAGACGAUACCAAUAUAGUGAGUGACGUACGAGAUAAACUGCAAUAUUUUAAUGUAGAUACUAACGGGUUUGACGUGUCCGUGGUGACGCAGUCGUCUAGUCAAAACCUUCAUCACCUUAGCGAAUUGGCACGGGUAUGGCAAGGCCCCGUCUCCGUGUCUGUGUUUACUUUUGGACAAGACAUAUCCAACUGUUUACUAACAAUGGCUUACCUUCAUCUGUGUGAUGAACAUGUUAAAAAAUAUGUCACAUUUCAUCUGGUAUAUCCAUUGAGUUAUCCGCCUAAAAACUUUAACUUCUCUCACUUAUCAUCGCAAGGUUUGUGCGAGCAUGAUGUGGCGAGCAUUCCAUCAGUGACGGAGAAAAACUAUGCCAUAAGUGGUCUAAAAUACCCUCAUAAUUUAUUGCGAAACUUAGCCAAUAAAUACACACUAACAUCUUACGUGCUAAUGCUGGACAUUGACAUACUGCCCAGCGGUUCAUUACGGAAGGAUUUUUAUAAUUUUAUACAAAAGUUUACAGCCUCCAAUGACUCUGAGAGUGAGCCCACGGCGUUCGUUUUGCCCGUGUUCGAAGUGGAAGCAAAAGCGUCAGUUCCCCACACGAAGUCGGAGCUUCUGAGCGCGUGGCGAGGUAAGACAGCGCGACCGUUCUAUUCUGAGGUGUGCUGGAAAUGUCAGCGUCACACGAACUACGAACGCUGGAAAAGCGACGCUUCCGCGGGGGAUUCCCCUUUGCAGGUGUCAUAUUACGUGUAUUGGAAGGAUCCUUGGGAGCCGUUUUACAUCACGAAGCGAAAUUUACCACCUUACGACGAGAGAUUUAAACAGUACGGUUUUAACAGAAUCAGUCAGGUUUGCGAACUCCACACUGCAGGUUAUGUUUUCGCCGUCUUGAACAAUGCCUUUCUGAUUCACCGAGGAUUCAAAUCUCCAGAGACUUUCCAUCCAACCAAAGAUAAAGAGCAGGCGCAAAACAGAGUAUUGUUUCGUCAGUUUAAAGAAGAACUGAAGACAAAAUACCCGGACUCUGAUAGACGAUGCUAGGCCAUUGGAAGUUAGCAGGAGUUAACUCUGCUCGGUUUAACAUUGGGUGGACAGGGUUGUGACAGGUGAUCAUUUAGCAUUUAGAAUUUUUCUACCAUGAGGAGGCUACUGUUGAAAUAAAGCAAGGACAUCAGGAUUUAAUAUGUGAAAAAGAGAUCGUGCAGUCAGGUCAUGAAAUUUUUCUUUCGAACAUUAGUGCGCUCCGAAUUCUCAUCGGCACGUAAUUUACACGGCUUCACGUAUUUCUGAGGCGGAUAUUAUCAGGAAUGGCCGCGAUUCCAGCCUCGCCGUGGUCAAAUCGCCGUUGGUCAAAGGAUUCCAAAUCUGAAGACAUCAGUUUUUACUCCAACUGAUUGCUUGACGAACAUUAAAUCUCUGUCGUAUGGAGAAGAUUUGUGGCAUGCUGGUGAGGAAGAAGGGGUUUUUUUUUUGGUUUGACGUCUAAGAGAUGCGAGGGGAUGUGUUUGAUUACGUUCAGUCCGCCAGGGGGUUCUGGAAGAUCAAACCAAAUAAAAUUACAAGUCGGAAGCAGAAGAUAUGGUAUUUAUCUCCGGCUAGUUCAGAUACAGUGAAGAAGAGAUGAGGUGAGACUCUGUCAAUUUGACGCCUGUCGACGCGCUGGUUAAUUCUUGUAAAGCUCAAGGGUAUACUGUCUGGUCCUAGGCAAUCACCUGUUUUACUGGCCCUAGCACCGGUAAAUUUGGCCAGCGGAAGUGGGGAAGUAUCGACUGGAUGAGACGGCUCAGACUCACGGCUGCUGGUCCAGACUUGAAUGGUCCAGCUAAUGAGAGGGUUAACAGCUAAUAGCUUGUUAAGCAGUCACGGCGUCUCAAGGCCUAAUGAAUGGACACGCAGUGAUGGUGGGACAUCUGCAAAGGAUAUCACCGCGGGCGGGUCUAUGGCGGCUGAUUGGCACCGCGUCCAAAACAUUAUCUGUCUUUGUGCAUGGACGUCUCAGGCGUUUCCCCCAGACCACACCAUGGACAAAGGACUGAUAAAGCUCAUAGCUCAGCUAAGUAUCCGUUUGCUGGGUUUGUACGUUUGUGCCAAGAUUUUGGACUUUCACUGAACAAUACCUGAAACUGAGGAGACAUACCCCUCACAGCACAGAAAAUGUUAGGCAAAACUGCCUCAACGUUUUAGCGAUUUCCAUUCUGUGUGAGUGUACUUGGUAAUGUUUAAGCCUGGUAUUGCCUUGACCUUUAAACCUCCCCUUUGCCAUUCCUGAAAAUCUGGACCAAUUCACCCCGCAUGCAGCACAGAUGUCAGGUUUAUGAAAAGACAAUCAUCCAGAGUAUGACCAUUACUGGAGUCAUUCGUUAACUCCUGUAGAGGGCGUGUCACUUUGGAACUGGAGUCUCGGAGAGCCAGAAAUUGUGCCAAAUAUUGUAAUGGAAAAAGGUGUUAUCCGCACCGUAAUCAUGUGUGAGGGAAACAUUGUUUAAACCAUUCAUUCGCGUGCUUCACGCUAAAGCACUCGGGUUGUGAUUGUAACUAUAUAGGCUUAACUUUUGCCCUGCAUUCUUGAUUGAUGUCGCACUUUCUCGACCGUAUAUUGUAUCGCACGUCUGUGACCACACUGAGCGCUGAGAUCAAUUAAUUACACUCACGGAACAUACAUGGUUGUGCGAAUUAGUAUUAUAGCGUUUGUCACAUUUCCUCAGUAGGAGGUGUACGAGGCGACACAACUGAUUAAACUUUGGGCCGAAAAUGUGUUGUUAAACUCUCUUUUUCAAAUAGACAUAUUGCAAUAUUCAGCAGUAUUCUCAAAUCAAGCCAAAUUCUCCGUGUCAUUUUAAGAGAUCACUCAAAACCUUUGCCACCUUACUCAUAUGAAUUCAUUAUAAAGAAAAAAUGUUGGGAUAUCGCAUACUCUGUUUUAGCCAUAACUGUACGCUGUAAGACAACGCACUAUACUCGUCAG